GAAAAGAAAAAGCAUAGACCAAUUUAAGGGUUUCAAGCGAUAAAUACAGCACACAAGUACAUUGACACACACAAAAAAGACCCAGAUGAUUAUUAAACAAAUUGAAGUGUGUGUGAGAGAAUAGAGCAACACUGUGAUCAGGCUCGUGUCUUGCUGUGCUUUUUGUUUAUUUUUUUAUUUUUCGGUUGAUUCUUUGUAAGAAGAAGAUAAUGGGUUGGAUUCCAUGUUCUGGAAAUUCAAAUGCUAAGAAGAAGGUGAAGAAGAAGAUGGAAGUGGAGGAAAGUGUGAAGCCUGAUCCAAUCAAAGGGAAAUUGAAGAGGAACUCGUCCAUUAAUUCGGCAGAUUCAUCUAAAAAUGGGAAUACUGAUCACAUUGCUGCACAGACAUUCUCCUUCCGUGAGUUGGCAACUGCAACUCGACAUUUUCGGGCAGAAUGUCUUUUGGGUGAGGGAGGCUUUGGUAGAGUAUACAAGGGGCGUUUGGAAAGUAUUAAUCAGAUUGUUGCAAUUAAACAACUUGACCGAAAUGGCCUGCAAGGGAAUAGAGAGUUCCUAGUUGAAGUGUUGAUGUUAAGUCUUCUUCAUCACCCGAACCUUGUCAACCUUAUUGGUUAUUGUGCUGAUGGAGAUCAAAGACUUCUCGUUUAUGAAUAUAUGCCAUUAGGAUCCUUGGAAGACCACUUACAUGAUGUUGCUCCUGGCAAGGAACGACUAGAUUGGAACACACGAAUGAAAAUAGCUGCCGGAGCAGCAAGCGGAUUGGAAUAUCUUCAUGACAAAGCUAACCCUCCUGUUAUAUACCGAGAUUUAAAGUGCUCCAAUAUUUUGCUCAGUGAAGGGUAUCAUCCCAAGUUAUCUGAUUUUGGUUUGGCUAAACUUGGCCCAGUUGGGGAAAACACCCAUGUAUCAACGAGGGUUAUGGGCACCUACGGAUAUUGUGCUCCCGAGUAUGCAAUGACAGGUCAGCUGACUCUGAAAUCAGAUGUUUAUAGCUUCGGUGUAGUUCUUCUGGAAAUCAUUACAGGAAGGAAGGCAAUUGACAAUUCAAAAUCUGCAGGAGAGCAGAAUCUUGUUGCAUGGGCUAGACCCUUGUUUAAGGACCGAAGAAAAUUUGCGCAAAUGGCCGAUCCAAUGCUUCAAGGUCAAUAUCCUCCAAGAGGACUCUACCAGGCCCUUGCUGUGGCGGCAAUGUGUGUUCAGGAGCAGGCCAACAUGCGUCCAGUUAUAGCCGAUGUUGUUACAGCUUUGAGUUACCUUGCUUCCCAAAGAUAUGACCCGCAUACACAAACAGCACAAAAUUCUCGCUUCGCUCCUGGCACUCCUCCUAGAACCAAGAGGGGACACUGAUAUGGAAGCUCAAAGUUUUGCAGCCAUACGAAGCCUCGUGCGAGUCUUGAAUACCUUGCAUUCUGAAAAGGGAUUCUCACUUUCUUAGCGCGCUGCAAGAGAUAUAGGUUUCAAGAUGUUUAUAUUCAAGUUGCAUGUGGGGGUGUUCUUAGUUCAGAUUAUAGCGUUGCUAGAAGUCUUGAGUUUUGCUCUCCUUGCUGUGCAUAGAACUGCUCCUAUUUCCAUUUGGGGCCAAGAUAGUUGUUUCCACCGUUGUUUUCUCCGUAUAUUUAUAGUUAAGGUCAAAUUUCUGGAUUCAUAAUUGGUGUUCUUUCUCUAUAGGCAAUGGUUCUGUAGCCAAAUUGCAUAGAUGUCAUAGCUUGUGUUGGUUGGAGUUAGAGACAAAUACAAAGAGUCAAAGACUGAGGAAUAUAAAAAUAUGUUUGGAGUUAGAGAUAGUACAAAACAAUAUUUCUGUAUUUUCUGUCUUUCUAUAAUGUGGAGUUGGAGGAGACAUAAUUUUUGUCUCCUAUAUUUAUGUCACGUCUCAUUUACCAA